AGGUAACACGUGGUGCAUGGUUGUGACGUAACCGUGUGGCCUCUGUGAUAACUUUGAAGUGUUUGGGUAGUCGGUGCUGUUGAUGCCCUCAGUGUGUGCGUUGUGCUACCACUGACUUCCUGAUCUUCAUAACUCACUGUACCGGAAAGUGCGGAAAGUGAGCUGAGAGAAGACAGAAGGGGGAAAGAGGAAGAGAAAUCACGGUAGACGGAAGAAGAAACGACACAACGAUAAACGAAGCGAACAAGAUGAGUGACAAAUUUCCGCUGCUCUCGUUUCUUCUUCGUCUCGUCUUCGUUACGCUGCUCUGCUUCUGCGCCGUAGAAGGAAGAAGCAGACGUGACAUAAAUACAUCACAUCUUUCCCGCAACCGUCGCUCCAUUGGCCAGUUUGGAGACAUGAUAAGGCUUGCCACUCAACGCGAGGCACUUCUUUACAACAACUACGGCAAUCACUGCGGCACUCAAAGCGGAGAUAGGCCCGUGGUGGAUGAAGUAGAUAGGUGUUGUAGGACUCACGACAGGUGUUACGAUACAAUCAAGGCGGGCGUGUGCUCCUCCUCCUGGUUUGGGCCGGGCUUCGUCAGGUACUCUUGGUCCUGGAACGGCACACACCUUCUCUGUGGGGCAGACAACUUGGGGUGCAGAGCGGCGGCGUGCGAAUGUGAUGCCGCGGCCGCCUCCUGCUUCGCCAGACACCCAUGGAACGCCCAACACAAGAAGGCCUCCAUCUGGGACUUCCUGGCGUGACGGGCGCUGGGCAGGUGUGGAGGGACGGCUGGCUGUCUGACUGACUGACUGAUUGGCUGAUUGAUUGGCUGGCUGGCUGAUUGGUUGAUUGGCUGGCUGAUUGACUGACUGACUAAUUGGCUGACUCAUUGACUGACGGAUUGAUUAAUUGGUUGACUUAUUAACUGACUGAUUGACUGACUGACUGACAAACUGAUAGUAUAUUGACUCCCACAGUUAACGAACAAAUGAAAAGAGUACCUAAAUAAACUAAUAACAUAAACGCA